AUGUGGCUGCUGGCAUUUGAGGUUUCCCGACGUCACGAUUCUCGCACGAUUCACGUCAUCUUCUGCACUUUCAAGGAAUUCAAGGGUGGUGUUGGUGGUGGUGGUGGUGGCGGUAGUGAACUGGGUCUGAUUUAUCUCCACGUAAGGUGA